GUGUAUUGAAACCUUGCAACGAACAAACAGUGGGCCUGGUAACCGGAACGAUCUGGGAAUAGUUGAAGAAAUGAGUGUGGCCCCCUAGUUCUCUAACACUGCCAGCCCCGAUGGAACAGCGCGCUGCAAGCACUGCAUCUGGAUCCGGCUCCUUGGGAACUAUGGACCUGAAAGACGAUCAGAUUCAGCUGCUGGAAGAGAACUUCGCUCGGACGAAGCAGCCAGACGCCUCGACUCUAAUGCUAGUUGCGGCGGAGUGUGGUCUAUCCGAGGCUGACACAGCGCAAUGGUUUAAGCAGCGCUUUGCAAAAUGGAGACAAGCAGAAGGAUUACCUCCAGAGUGUGGAUCUGUCAAAGACUAAAGACUGGUAAACACUGCCAUUGCCAUCACCAUGGAGUCAAUUCCAUUACGCUGCAGGCUACUUUCAUUUCACUGGCUGUAUCCAGCAGGAAUGCCUCCUUGUUUAGGAUCAGAGCUUAAUACCUCCUCUCAGUGACUUUGGUUUACUUCUGUGAAUUCAAAGUAUGUUUGAUUUAAUAUUUUUGCAUAGCUUGAGUCUUGUUUGUGGGGUACUCACUUACUUACACUAAUUAUAUGCUAAUUUCAAUUUAAUGUGAUUGUUAGAUAAGUAAAAUUCUUCUUUGGGUUUAAGUGCAAUUAUUAAAUCAUUUAUCUGUGUGACAUUAAAUAAUAUAUAAUUUGAAAUUGAAGACAAGAAUGCACUCCUUUCAUGCCCUUUAAAUAAAAAGCUUAAGUUUUCA